AUGGCAGCAACGUCUGCGGAUUCACAGAACUCCCAAGUGCGGGUGAGACUGACCACCAGAGACGCCGAUCUCGUCCUCGAGGACAAUGCGCCAAUCCUCAUUCCCACGUCCUUCCGCCGCUAUGCCCUCUCAACCCUUGUCAACAGCCUCCUCAAGAGCGAGAAGUCGGUUCCUUUGGAGUUUCUCAUUAAUGGCAAAUAUCUUCGCACCACGAUUGAUGAAUACCUGACCGAAAACGGGCUGUCCCCGGAAACCACUCUCACCGUCGAGUACGCGCGGGCGCGGAUUCCGCCUCAAUAUGUCACUUCCUUUGAACACGACGACUGGGUCAGCGAUGUCGAUGUCCUAUCAGGCCAGUCACCCAGAAUCCUCUCAGCCAGCUACGAUGGGCUCCUAAGAGUUUGGAAUACCUCAGCCCAGGUUCUCGUGACAUCUCCGGGAAGAGCACAUGGUGGGCAUGGAUCUUUUAUAAAGUCCGCUAAGUUUGUCUCGCCAGAUCAGAUUGUGUCGGGUUCUUUCGAUCGGACAUUGAGGCUGUGGAGAUAUACGGAGGACCAGGAUGGCUUUUCUGCCAGCUUGACACCACAACUUGAACUCUACGGUCACAAAUCCUCGGUGGAUUCCGUGUGCCCUCAUUCCGGUUCAGGUCGCAUAUUAUCUGCAUCCUCGGAUCAUUCUGUCGGAUUGUGGUCUACCCGAAAAUCCGAUGCACCUGCGGCGCCGGAAGCACUCGUGCCUCGUGCCAGGACCAAGGAUGGCAAAAGGAGGAAGUUGAGUGAGACAACUCUGUCGCAACGAGGGCCACUUGCCCUAAUGCAACAACAUACUGGACCGGUAUCGGGAGCGAUCUUUGACUCAAACGACGCCACGGUAGGAUAUUCAAGUUCUUGGGACCAGACUGUUCGAACGUGGGAUCUGGUGACGGCAUCUUUGGUGGACACAAGACCGAUAUCGAGUGCCUUGCUCAGUAUCGAGCAUAUGCCGUCGCUUCACCUGAUUGCUGCAGGCUCGAUCAGCCGAGUUAUCAAGCUGAUAGAUCCGCGAGUGUCGGCUGCUACUGUUGCCGCCAUGACGCUCAAGGGACACAAGAACUCCGUUGUCAGUCUGGCUCGAGAUCCCACCAAUGAGUACACCCUGGUCAGUGGCAGUCACGAUGGUACCUGCAGAGUGUGGGAUGUGAGAAGCACACAACAGGAGAAGGAGGGUGCGGUCGGGCAAAGCUUGUACACCUUGCCGAGAGCAAGCCUUGAAGGCAAGCCCAGUCCGGCCGUUGGUGACGGUGUCAAGGUGUUCGCAGUGUGUUGGCACAAGGAGGUGGGAAUUCUCAGCACUGGCGAGGAUAAAGUGGUCCAGAUCAACCGCGGCAACGACCAGACCUGA